CUGUGACGUGGCUCGUUGAUGGAAGACCCUGGCUGAUUACGUGUCUCUCUACCUUUCUUGUUGGAUUGACAAUCGAUUACAUCAAGGACUUGAACUUGCAACACAACUGAACGACUCCACCAUGAAAAUCUUUCACAUUCCUUGCUUGGAAGACAACUAUUCCUACUUGAUUAUAGAUGAGACCACUAAGGAGGCGGCUGUAGUGGAUCCGGUUGACCCUCAGAAGGUAAUCGAUGCUGCCAAAGAACAUGGCGCUCAGCUUACUCUCGUUCUCACCACCCAUCAUCACUGGGACCAUGCUGGUGGGAAUGAUAAGAUAAAGCAGAUUGUGCCUGGAAUUAAGGUGUAUGGUGGCUCGCUAGAUAAUGUUAGAGGCUGUACUCAUCAAGUGGAAAAUGGUGAUAACAUUUCACUUGGUGCUCAUAUCAAUAUAUUGUCUCUUCACACACCUUGCCACACGAAAGGUCACAUAAGUUAUUAUGUGACCGGCAAAGAGGGAGAACAGGACCCUGCUGUUUUCACCGGAGAUACAUUGUUUAUAGCUGGCUGUGGAAAAUUUUUUGAAGGCACAGCCGAACAGAUGUAUCAAUCACUGUGUGUAACAUUGGGCUCAUUGCCAAAGCCAACUCGAGUUUACUGUGGCCACGAGUACACUGUGAAGAACCUGCAAUUUGCUCUGACUGUUGAACCAAAUAAUGCAAAGAUACAGCAAAAGCUAUCAUGGGCUCAGCAACAGCGACAAGCUGGUCUGCCAACCAUCCCUUCGACCAUUGAAGAAGAGAUGGAGACUAACCCAUUUAUUAGGGUUGAUCUACCAGAGAUUCAGGGGUUGGUUGGUUGCCAUGCCCCGGUGGAAGCUCUCCAGAAGAUAAGGCAGCUGAAGGACAACUGGAGGGGCUAAUUGAAGAUCUGCAAAAAGCUUUCUUGUGUCUUUUGGUGUGUGCUGUUGUAUGCAAUUUGAUGUGUAACUUUAAAACUUAGAGAUUGCCUGGGUGCUGCUUGGGUUGGAAUGUGCUUAUGAAACUGCUUUGUUCUUGGCUUCCGUAGAAUUUUGCAAAAUGCAACUAAUGUUAAUAGUGAAUAAGCUUUUGAAGUUUCCUACA